GAGAGAAAGCGGGAGGGAAAGAGAAAGAUAUAAAAAGGCGGAAAGAGGUUCGGACAGAAAACCAAUAUUAAAACAGUGUUUGUGUGUAGAGGCGAUCGGAGGAAGGCGGGCCCCACCUGUGUUCCUCUACAACUUUUUCUUCGUUUUUCCGAUUAAUAAUAAUAAUACUAAUAAUUCUAUCUUCUUCUUCUUCUUUGUCUCACGCAAUCAAUCUCAAUCAGCUUUUCAAUUUCAUCUUUCUAAAUCAAAAACCUAAAAAAAAAGCAAAUAAUCCAAAAAAAUUUUGACCUAGUUUCUGAUAUUUCAUUUCCUCAUAUGUAGAUUUUUCCCCCAUUUUCUCAACCCCUUGUUCUUGGUGGUUUGGUUUUCCUCCUCCCUUCGCCGCCUUACAUUGUUAUCGUGUUUGCUGCUGGUAUGUACGCAAUCGGUCGUUGAUUUGAAGAUAUUAUAUGUUCGUGUUAUUGCUCGAAGCUGAUUCUGGAUUUCGGCGGUUACCGUCGCAAGAUCUUCUCGUCUCUGCUAGAUUUGGCUUCGGAAGGUCGACGAUCCGGCAGAUCUGACUCGAUGUUCAUCCGAAUUCUCGAAUUCAUACCCUAAGAGUUGGAGAAUUUGGGGGAUUUCGUUUCGCACAUUAUUUCGAUCCAAAGUCAUCUUCGAUUCUGAGCCGGAGAUGUCUUUGUUGCCUAAGAGCGAUUCGAUUCAAAUCCGGGAGGUCUGGGCGGACAACCUGGAAGAAGAAUUCGAUCUUAUCCGCGGCGUCGUCGACGAUUAUCCUUACAUUGCAAUGGACACAGAGUUCCCCGGCGUCGUAAUCCGGCCAUUGGGCAACUUCAAGAACUCGACAGAUUACCAUUACCAGACAUUAAAGGAAAAUGUCGAUUUGUUGAAGCUGAUCCAAUUAGGGCUAACAUUCUCCGACGAGAAGGGCAAUUUGCCGACGUGCGGAACUGACAAGUACUGCAUCUGGCAGUUCAACUUCCGGGAGUUCAAUCCGAACGUCGAUGUAUUCGCGAGCGAUUCGAUCGAGCUCUUGAGACAGAGCGGGAUCGAUUUUUCGAAAAACAUCGCGCAAGGGAUCGAUGCGCGGCGGUUCGGGGAGCUUCUGAUGUCGUCGGGGAUAGUAUUGAACGACAACGUCUAUUGGGUGACGUUUCACAGUGGUUACGACUUUGGGUACUUGCUGAAGGUGUUGACGUGCCAGAACCUUCCGGAAACCCAGGCCGGGUUCUUCCAUCUGAUCAACAUUUACUUCCCGGUGCUGUACGACAUUAAGCAUUUGAUGAAGUUUUCCAACAGUCUUCACGGCGGGCUGAACAAGCUGGCGGAGCUUUUGGAAGUCGAAAGAGUCGGGAUUUGUCAUCAGGCAGGGUCGGAUAGUUUGCUGACGUCGUGCACCUUCUGGAAGCUUAAGGAGAACUUUUUUAGCGGGUCGUUAGAGAGGUAUUCGGGCGUGUUGUACGGUUUGGGAGGCGACGGCGGGGCGGCGCACAGUUAAGAGGUUUGUAAGAAAGAUUUGGAUCUGUACAACAUGUGUUUUGAUUAAAACUAGAUUGAUCGAUGGAUGAAGACGAUGAUGAUAUAUACGGUAGUUGUUCGAAGUGACAAGAUAUUGGGCAGUCGAGACGGGCAGACAGAGAGACGUGGCUUUGUGUUUAGCAGGUAUGAGUUAUGUUCGAACACUGCUGUUUUGGGUGGUGUUUAGUCGUUAAAAAGACAAAUUCAGAUUUCGAUAUAUAAAAAACUACUUCUUGUGUUCUUGAUUUCUUUUAA